UGAGUACCAAGUUGUACCAGGUACAGACAGUUUUUUUUGCCUAAACGAACCUAGAGGAGAUGUAAUAAAAGUUCCUACUUCUUUGCGUCGGUUGCCGCGGCCAUGAGGAGGAGAUGGAGAUGAUGCUCCUCGGUCUUUUUCCCUCUUGGGCGACGAUUUUGAAGAGGAUAAAGGCGGAAGCAGAAAGAUAAUGGCGGUUGUGAUGAUGGGUGCGGAUGAUAAGAACCCCAUCUUCCACGACUUUCUUGCCAUGAGCUGCGGGAACUCGCCGGCUACAGUUGCAGCGGCGGCGACGGAGGGUAUGGAGACAUCAGCGAUGGUAACGGAAGCACCGGCAUCUGCUUCAGCCUCUGCUGGAGUUUCUUCUACCGUACACGGCCUCGUCAAGGGAAACGCUGAUAUGUUUUCAGAGAGGCAGGCAGUGAACAGUUCUGCUGUCUUUCUCAUUCAUGGAAGCAAGGUUGAUUCCUCCGGGCCGGAGGCAAGUAACACAGUUUCUGGAAAGAAACGAAGUAAUUCUGAUUCAGCUUACAUGGGUUUUAUAACCGAAAAAAACAGACGAGUAUGUGCAGAUGCAGCUGAAUGUUCUCGUUCUGUUAAGAUGCUUGGAAAAGAAGUUAUUAGUGAUAGGUCCGGGAAAAAUCAGGAAGAUGAAAUGCAGUUUCCCAUGCAAGUGCCAUUAAGGCCAACAUCAUUACAUUCUCUUCUUAGCAGUAGAUCUUCUUUGCUUGCUUCCAACAUGGAGCUAUCUAGCCGCCCUAUGAUUCCUGGUUCAAUGUUACAUUACCAAUCCCGUAUUGGUAAAAGUGGGCCAUUUUCAUCUUCAUAUGUCUCCAAGGAUGCUGCCAUACUUAUGUCCCAACCUGCAGCAGAUGAAGGUUCUAGGACUGGCAUGAAAGGCUCUGGAGCUUUGAAUAUUGUUUCCUCCAGCAGCGUACCUGGUAAAAGAAGCAUAACUAGGGUAUUAGCUUAUAGUAGCAGUCCAAAGUAUUUACAGAUUAAUGAGCCUGAAUCAUCAAACGCAUUGAGAUAUAAUGGCAUGCAAAAUGUUGGUCGUCAAAUGACCAUAUUUUAUGCUGGUCAAGCCCAUGUCUUUGAUGAUGUUCAUCCAAAUAAGGCUGAAGUGAUAAUGGCAUUGGCUGGAUCAACUGGAGGUUCAUGGUCUACUACCUACUCUCAGAGGCCUGCUAUGUCCCCUUCAGCCGGUGAAGUUAAAGUACAUAGUGAAGAGAUUGGAAGGCAGAUCAGCAGUUUUCCUUUAUCCAUUCAAGUGAAUCCUGAGCAUGCGCUAAGCCAAGUUGAUAGAACCACUCUUACAAGGGACAUCCCAAGUCUCACAGCAGGGGGUCAACAGAGUGGCGGAGUUUUCAGAGAUGGAAGAUUAGCGAUUCAAGAACCCUCACCCAGUUCUGAAGGAAAGAGAGAAGAGAAUUGAAGUUUUUUUUUUUUCCGGGUUAGUGUAGAAUUUAAGGACAUUUUCAUCUUUUUUUUCUCUAAAUUUUAUAGGUUUCAGGUCAAUGGAAGUUGUAAACAUGCAUUAGCCUGCAAGUUAAGCCCAUCAAUGGUUUUGUAUGUGCUGCCCAUUUUUUCGCCCAAAACGUUUACCCUUUUUUUAUGGAUAUUUGUUAGUACAUACCGUAAUCUCUUCUUUCUGCGUAAGUACCAGAAUUUAUAAAUCUAGUGCUUCUUGUGUGGAAAAUGGCAGGAUCUUGUUUGUUUUA